AUGUACCGAGUAUGUGACAGCCGGUGUCUAUGUUGAAGUGUUUUGUAAGAUAUGAUGUAGCUUGGCAGAAAGCGUCGAAAGACCAGAAAUAAACCGUCGGAAUCAUUCUCGCCUCGGUUGUGUUUACGGUGUUGAGGCGGCGCUAACUCUCGGCUCUCCCCGAAACGUUGGACCAUGCAGAGCACCACAAACUACCUGUGGCUCAUCUCCGACCUGCUGGGUCAGGGCGCCACGGCCAACGUGUACCGCGGCAGACACAAGAAAACGGGCGACCUGUACGCCGUCAAAGUGUUCAACAACCUGAGCUUCCUUCGGCCGUUGGACGUGCAGAUGAGAGAGUUUGAGGUUCUGAAGAAACUCAACCACAAGAACAUCGUCAAACUGUUCGCCGUGGAGGAGGAGUCCAACACGCGUCACAAGGUUCUGGUGAUGGAGUACUGUCCCUGCGGGAGUCUCUACACCGUACUGGAGGAGUCGUCCAACGCCUACGGACUUCCUGAGGACGAGUUCCUCAUUGUCUUGCACGAUGUCGUGGCGGGAAUGAACCACCUGAGGGAGUACGGCAUCGUGCACCGCGACAUCAAACCGGGAAACAUCAUGCGCGUCAUCGGCGAGGACGGACGCUCCGUCUACAAACUGACUGACUUCGGAGCGGCGCGGGAGCUAGAAGACGACGAGCAGUUUGUGUCUCUGUACGGCACAGAGGAGUACUUGCAUCCCGACAUGUACGAGCGCGCCGUGCUGAGGAAGGACCACCAGAAGAAGUACGGCGCCACCGUGGACCUGUGGAGCAUCGGGGUCACCUUCUACCACGCCGCCACCGGCAGUUUGCCUUUCCGACCCUUUGAGGGCCCGCGCAGGAACCAGGAAGUGAUGUACAAGAUCAUCACAGAAAAGCCGUCCGGUACCAUCUCGGGCCACCAGAAGUGCGAGAACGGGAAGAUCGAGUGGAGCACCGAAAUGCCCGUCUCCUGCAGCUUGUCCAAGGGUCUUCAGAGCCUGCUGACGCCUGUCCUGGCCAACAUCCUGGAGGCGGACCAAGAAAAGUGUUGGGGCUUUGACCAGUUCUUUGCCGAGACCAACGACAUCCUGCACCGCACCGUGGUCUUUGUCUUCAGCCUGCAACAGGCCACGCUGCACCACGUCUACAUCCACGAGUACAACACGGCGGCGCUGUUCCAGGAGCUGCUGUCCCGCAGGACCAGUAUUCCGUUGCACAACCAGGAGCUCCUCUACGAGGGCCGCCGCCUCGUCCUGGACCCCAACCGCCAGGCCAAGACCUUCCCCAAGACCACCAGGGACAAUCCCAUCAUGCUCGUCAGCCGAGAGUCUGUCGCCACCGUGGGACUCAUUUUUGAGGACCCGAGUCCUCCCAAAGUCCAGCCUCGCUACGAUCUGGACCUGGACGCUAGCUAUGCCAAGACAUUCGCAGGUGACGUGGGACACUUGUGGAAGACGUCUGAGUCUCUGCUGGUCUACCAAGAACUGGUCCGCAAAGGAGUGCGUGGUCUCAUUGAACUGAUGAAGGAGGACUACAACGAGAUCCUCCACAAGAAGUCGGAGGUCUUCCGGCUGUCUAACCUCUGCACUCAGAACUUGGAGAAGACGGAACAGCUGUUGGAGGUACUCGUGCAAGCCAACGUGCUGACAUCAGAGUACGACGAGAUCGCCGACAUGCAUAAGAAAGUUGUCAGAAUCUCCAGCUCGAUGGAACCGAUUGAUCGAAGCACGCAGGAAGUGAAGACAAAGUUCUUGUCAGGAGGUCCACUGACUGACAGCUGGACGCAACAAGUGGGCACACACCCUGAAGACAGGAACGUGGAGAAGAUUAAAGUUCUGCUGGACGCCAUUACAGCCAUCUACCAACAGUUUAAGAAGGACAAAGCUGAGAGACGUCUUCCUUACAAUGAGGAGCAGAUCCACAAAUUUGACAAACAGAAGUUGGUCCUUCACGCCAGCAAAGCGCGCUCGUUGUUCACCGAAGAGUGUGCCAUGAAGUACCGCCUCUUCAUCUCAAAGAGCGAGGAGUGGAUGAGGAAGGUACACCACGUGAGGAAGCAGCUGCUCGGCCUGACGACUCAGCUGAUCAGCACGGAGAAGGAAAUGAGCGCGCUGAUGGAGCGAGCCGCUAAGCUGCAGGAACAACUUCCUGCCAAGGUUCUUCCUCUGCUGGCGAGUGGCAUGAAGCCUCAGGCGUACCUCAGCCAGAACACGCUGGUCGAGAUGACUCUAGGGAUGAAGAAGCUGAAGGAGGAGAUGGAAGGCGUGGUCAAAGAACUCGCUGAGAGCAAUCACUUCCUGGAAAGAUUCUGGACGCUGACGCUGGACGGAGGACUGCGAGGUUAAAAGAUGCCAGCAAGACUUUUGUAAAUAACAGUUAGAUGUAAAUAAUGUGCUUUUACUUAAUCUCACAGGGGCAUAUGGACAUGAAAGCAUGGACAUCAUUUGACAUAAAUUUAAUAAACAAUGACCAUCAAGUCGUGUG